GUCUCAGGCUCCCUGGGCACGGCGUGCUGGGCUGGCGGCCCUGUGCUGUGACACCUGUUCACACUCAGCUGCUCCAUCAGACGUCGGUGGCUGAUCAUGCAGACAGCUCUGUGCAGGUGCAGCCAAAGAGCUCAGCUGUUGUCCAGAGAAAGUCUUACCUCCCCAGCAGCCGAGGGGAGUACAUCGUCACCAAGCUCGAUGACCUCAUCAACUGGGCACGGAGGAGCUCCCUGUGGCCUAUGACCUUUGGGCUGGCCUGCUGUGCUGUGGAGAUGAUGCACAUGGCAGCUCCUCGCUACGACAUGGAUCGCUUCGGGGUCGUGUUCCGCGCCAGUCCCCGCCAGGCUGACGUCAUGAUUGUGGCAGGGACCCUCACCAACAAGAUGGCCCCAGCGCUGCGGAAGGUGUAUGACCAGAUGCCGGAACCUCGCUACGUCGUCUCCAUGGGCAGCUGUGCUAACGGCGGAGGCUACUACCACUACUCCUACUCUGUGGUGCGAGGCUGCGACCGCAUCGUGCCUGUGGACAUCUAUGUCCCCGGCUGCCCACCCACAGCUGAGGCCCUGCUUUAUGGGAUCCUGCAGCUCCAGAGGAAGAUCAAGCGGGAGAAGAAGAUUCAGAUCUGGUACAGGAAAUAGCCUUUAUCCUUGUCCCCAUCCCUGGCACUGCUUACAUCCACGCACAAAUGGGGCCUCAGCCCCUCCAAUAAAACUCCACCUGGUC